GGAAGGAGGGUACUCGGCGCGGCUGCACGUGGAGCCGGGUCCAACAUGGCGCGGAGCGGGAGGCUCCGCUCGGGAGUCGCGGCUAAACUGAAGCGCUGGCGGAAGGGCCACAGCAGCGACUCCAACCCCGAGACCCGCCAGCAUCGCCUGGCUGCCCGCAGUCGCUUCUGCAGCCGGCCCGCGGAGAAAAGUAAUCUGACAGUGGAUGCAGUGAAGCUGCACAAUGAGCUGCAGUCAGGGUCCCUGCGUCUGGAGCGGGCAAGUGACAAUGCUCAGUCCCGUAUGGAGGAAGACAAUGCUGAAGAGGCUGCCACAGAGAAGUCCUCUGGCACCUUCCUGAGCGGGCUGAGCGACUGCACCAACAUCACCUUCAGCAAGGUGCAGCGCUUCUGGGAAUCCAACUCUGCUGCUCACAAAGAGAUCUGUGCCGUGCUGGCAGCUGUGACAGAGGUGAUCCGCUCCCAGGGGGGCAAGGAGAGUGAGACGGAGUACUUUGCUGCACUGAUGACCACACUGGAGGCAGUGGAGUCCCCUGAGUCGCUGUCUGCUGUCGCCUACCUGCUUAACCUUGUCCUAAAGCGGGUCCCAAGUCCUGUUCUUAUUAAAAAGUUCUCAGAUGCCUCAAAAGCCUUCAUGAAUAUUGUGUCGUCACAAGCCUGCAGCAGCUCCACCUCUGCCCUGCGGUGGGUUCUCUCUUGCCUGGCCACACUGCUGCGGAAGCAAGACUUGGCAGCCUGGAGCUACCCCAUCACCCUGCAGGUCUAUCAUGGCUUGCUGAGCUUUUGUGUUCAUACCAAGCCCAAGGUGCGGAAAGCAGCGCAGUACGGCGUUUGCACUGUCCUGAGGGGCAGCGAGUUCAUGUUUGGUGAUGCAGCCCCUGAGCAUCACCCUGCAGCACCCUCCACCGCCAAGUUCUGUGUGCAGGAGAUUGAAAAAGCUGGAGGUGCCAAGGAGGCCACCACCACCCUGCAUGUCCUUGCCUUGCUGCGGGACGUGCUGCCCUGCUUCCCUGCAUCUGCAGUGAAGACCUGCUGUGAGACCUUGCUCCGAGUCAUGACCCUCAGCCACGUGCUGGUGACAGCGUGUGCUAUGCAAGCUUUCCACAGCCUCUUCAGUGCCCAGGCCAGCGUGGCCUGCCUGCCAGCUGAGCUCAAUGCCCAGAUCAUCACGGCUCUCUAYGACUACGUCCCCAGUACGAGUGACCUGCAGCCACUGCUGACCUGGCUGUCCACCAUGGAGCGGGCACACGUCAACCUGGGCAGGCUGCAGAAGGACCUGUGCUGGGCUCACCUGCCCCGGUUUUUCUCUGCUGCCAUGAACUGCUUCCUCUCCCCACACUCCCAGGUGGUGUCAGCAGCAGCACAGACCCUGGAGACCCUCCUGAGCGAAUGCAUUGCUCCCCACAUGGAGGACAUGGGCACUGUCUCUGCAUCUGCCCCAGCCCCUGCUGCCUACCUGUGCAAGAUGUUCAGAUCAGUGGAGGAAGGGCUGACAUACCGUUUCCAYGCAGCAUGGGAUGAGGUGCUGCGAGUGCUAGAGGUCUUCUUUGAGACAUGUGGGAAGCAGUGCCAUCSCAUCAUGAGGAAGUGUCUCCAGUCCUUGUGUGACCUGCGUCUUUCCCCACACUUUCCCUAYACUGCUGAAGUGGACCAGGCAGUGGGGGCUGCUGUGAGCACCAUGGGUCCUGAGGUGCUGCUGGAAGCUGUGCCCCUGGAGAUUGAUGGCAAGGAGGAGACGCUGGAUUUCCCCCGCAGCUGGCUCCUGCCAGUGCUGCGGGACAAUGUGCAGGGUGCACGRCUUGGCUUCUUCACCAGUUACUUCUUGCCUUUGGCUGCUGCCCUGAAAAGCAGAGCCCWGGAGUUUACCCAGGCUGGAAAGAGUGUGGAGGCCAAGAUCUACGAUACGCUGCAGUGGCAGGUCUGGACUCUGCUGCCUGGCUUCUGCACCCAUCCCACAGACGUGCUGGGGGCCUUCAAGUGGUUGGCUCGCACCCUGGGCAUGGCCAUCAGUGAGCGCCCAGACCUCCGCCCCACCGUGUGCCAGGCCUUGCGCACCCUCAUCCACAAAGGCUGCGAGACAGAUGAGGAGCGGGCAGAAGUGGGUCGCUUUGCCAAAAAUUUCCUGCCCAUCCUGUUCAACGUGUAUAGCCAACCUGAGGAGGAUGGGGGCACAAGUGCUCAGCGCCGCUCUGUACUGGACACUGUCCGUGCUUACCUGACUGUCACUGAUUCUCAGAUGGUGUGCGGAUUCCUGGAGAAAGCCAGUGAGAAGCUGACCAGUCCUGAGAGUUCUGAGUUCGCCAGACUCUCCAUCCUGGACCUGGUAGUGGCAAUGGCACCCUAUGCUGAUGAGCAGUCCCUGGGCUCCCUGUACCRUACCAUCCAGCCUUCCCUCCAGAGCAAAGAGCGCAGUAUGCAGAAGAAGGCGUAUCGUGUGCUGGAGGAGGUGUGUGCUGCUCCCCAUGCUCCCUGCCAGGCCUUCGUCCGCUCCCACCUCCAGGACCUGCAAGCAGCACUGCUGGACUCACUCAAGAGUGCAGCAUCCCCAGCUAAGAGGCCCCGGCUGAAAUGCCUGUUCCACAUUGUGAAGCAGCUAUCUGCAGAGCACGAGCCUUUUGUCACUGCCCUCGUCCCAGAGGUCAUCCUAUGCACCAAGGAGGUGUCAGUGGGGGCCCGCAAGAACGCCUUCAUGCUGCUCGUGGAGAUGGGGAAUGCCUUCAUCCGCUUUGGACCCACUCCUGAAGAGGCCCUGCAGCGRUUCCUGCUCCUGAUCUACGUGGGGCUCACUGGCUCAGUCACCAUGAUCAGCUGCACCGUGCUGGCACUGACCCGCCUGUUCUUUGAGUUCAAAGAUCACCUGGAAUUCAGUGUGGUGGAGCAGCUCCUGCAAAACAUCUGCCUGUUGCUGGCCUCCCGCACACGGGAUGUGGUCAAGGCAGCCCUGGGAUUCCUGAAGGUCACACUGCUGCUGGUGGACACCAAACUCCUGGCCAAGCAUGUCCAGACGAUGCUGGAGGCUGUGGGGAACCUUUCAGAUGACAUGAGACGCCAUUUCCGUAUGAAGCUGCGAAACCUCUUCAUCAAGUUCAUCCGCAAGUUUGGCUUUGARCUGGUGAAGGGGCUGCUGCCAGCCGAGUACCAUAAAGUGCUGGUGAACAUCCGCAAGGCGGAAUCCCGGAGCCGCAAGCAGCGUGCCCUGAAGCGGGCAGCUGCGGAUGUGGAUGAAGAGGAAGCACCACCWCCACAACCCAGAGGAGACAGUAUGGAGGAGAUCCUGGCUGACUCCGAGGAUGAGGAGGAGGAAGAGGAGGAAAGGCAACGGAGCAAGGAGUGGAGGAAGCAAGCACGGCAGAAAGGCCAGGCAUGGCUGAAGGAAGGGGAAGAUGAUGAGCCCCUCAACUUCCUUGACCCCAACGUGUCCCAACGGGUGCUGGCCACCAAGCCAGGCCCCAAGCGGUCCAGAGGAGUGAGCCAUGAUUUCCAGAUGUCUGAGGACGGGCGCCUGAUCAUYCAUGAAGAGGAAGAGGAGGUGGACGAUGAUGAAGCCAAAGGAGCAGAYGAGGAGAUGGCAGAUGUGCUGCAAGAUGUGGGUCUCCGCAGUAAGAAAAGUCAGAAGCGUCGGUUCAGAGAGGAGCCAGACGAGGAAGCCGAAGCCGGAACCUAUUCUGAGUACAGAGCUGGUGGCUCUGGGAUCCAUCGGCAGCUGAACAAAAAGCCAGCCUUCGGUGCAGAGUACAGAUCCAAGAAAGGUAAAGGUGACGUGAAGAAGAAGGGCCAACUCGACCCUUAUGCCUACAUCCCCCUGAACAGAGCAAAACUCAACAGAAGGAAACGGGCGAAAAUGCAGGGCCAGUUCAAGGGCCUGAUGAAGGGAGCCCAGCGCGGGGCCAAGGCCGGCCGCAGGAACCAUCUCAAGUCCCAGCGCUCCUGAGGACACUCAGGUGCUUGACCUGCCCCUACCCAAGGACACAGCAUGCUGUGAGUGGAACAGCUGGGACUUCUCUUGAAGGUGACCUCCGUUUGUUUGAGACUCCCUGGGAAGCCACUCGGAUGUAUUAUGGACUGAUGGCCCUCCUGUGCCUGGAGAAAGAUGCUGGGUUGCCUGGUACAGGCAUAGGUGUGUGUGUGAGAACAAGUAAUAUGUAAAGAAUUCUCUAUAUUGAUAAAUACUCUGUUCUUAUGCAGCCCAGAUUCCUCCUCUCUUUCCCUUCAGAGCUGUGCAUAACUGUUCUGCUUUCUGUCCAUGUGCAGUAGGUCCUUCUGCCGCUUCAGGGCUGUGUCCCGCUGGGCUGCCAUCCCACAGGGCUCAUGCCAGCUUCAGCCUGGACCUGGAGCUAGAGCCCUCUCUUCCACAUCGGGCUUGCCAGGAGCAGUGCUGUGGCACAGAGCAGUGGGAGCACAUGUGCAAUGGGUCUGARGUGCCACAGAACAAAGCCAGAGAGAGUGAAGUCCUUACAACCAGCUUUAACAAACUCCCUCUUGGCAGGCUCUUUUGCCCAAAACCGUGGCCAGAGAAUUUGUGCCAUGUGGAAAGUGUCUGCUAUUUGGCCACUGAACACUUUUCCCAUAUCUGUUUGGACACUUUUCCCGUAUCAGCCAUGCCUGAUGACAGAGCAGGAACAGGUUGCUGCAAAUUUCUUCAAAUUAGCUGGAAAACAGGUAUAGCAAACAUUUGUGCCUUGCCAUUUGAGAGCUGAGAAGCCCUUUGCUCUGACCACUUCCUGCCAGCUAGCAAGACCUGAGCAGCACAAGUAAUCCUGGACCUUUUUAGCUAUCCAGCACUCUCACGUUGGCUUGAGCAUCUGGUUUUGCCCAGCCACUUCUACGCUGAGCCCAAAAGAUGGUGUGUUUGGCCAAAGCAUGCUGAAGAGAGUAGAGCUGAGGGUAGUGGAUAUAUUGCUCACAUUGCWAAGAACAUGUGCUGGUGAAUGUAGCUGGCUUUCCCUUCCUCUUCCAUAUUAAAAAGCCUUCAGCCCUUUGUAAUUUCCUUUUGUGGCAGCUUACAUGCUGGAAUUGCAACRCUUUUCAGUUCUCUAAUAAGCUAAAGGGAUUGUGCUUGUUCAGCCUCUUACUGCAGGCUUCUUUCUGGAGGCUGCAAAUCCAGUUUUGUGGCUUUCUUAUGUGCUUGGGCUUCUUUUCCAAGAUCCAUUUAAAAGCCUGGAAUGGAGGAGGAGCUGUUGCCUUCAUGCUUUUCCACCCAGGGCUCUCACCCAGGGACCGUUGAGCCCCAGGACUAAGUUGAGGACCUUAUCCUGCCAGAAGGGAGCUCAGCUUCUCCAGCAGCACCUUGUGACCAGGAGCUACACCAUCCUCCUCAGCUGCCUGCAGCCUGGCCUGAUGCCCUCCCAUGAGAGCAGGACAGGGGUAGACAGGCAGCAGUCACUUUCUGAGACCCCAACACCUGUAACCUGUGGCUCUAGGCACAGCAGAGCUAUCUGUCUUUUUGCUUUCCCUUCUCUCCUUAGAGACAGGGCCUAGAGAAGGCUGUAGCUAAUUGAUUUAGGAGCUCCAGCUUACUCACUCUAUUAUUCUUCAUUUGCAUGUUGUUGCUUAAAUUAGUGCAUGCCUGCAUGGAACAGAAGAGUUUUAUUAGCACAGAGGAUGGUGUUUGCCUGAGCCAGUGUCCAGAGAAGAGAUUCUACUGCAACAACAUCUUGUUAAUCAGCUAAUUAAUCAUGUAAUGCAAUGGAAACCCUCGGAGAGGAGAUGUCAUCCUGCCUGGGAAGGCUGGCUGCAAGUCAAGACUGCUCCCYACCAGCAGCCAGCCCUGGCAGRGAGCAGAGCUGCAUCUUGGGGACCCUCAGGAGCCUGACCACAGCUCUCUGUUAUGGGGCAGGGUGAGGGGUAGUGUGGAUCCUGCCCCCUCCAGCUACCUGCCACAAAUAUUUUGCAGUUAUCCAUGGAAAAGCACAAGCUGGGAACCUGGAGAGAUGCUUGUUUUUUGCUGCUCAAGCUGGGAGGUGGUUUGAAGGCUAUUUCUUCUGGCUCUUAAAUCAUACGUCUUCUUCCCACAGUACCAGUGUUGAGCUACACUCACACAGGACGUUGUCACAAAGGGCUCUUAACCCUUGCAGAUACCAGCUUGAGGAGAGGCUGGCAGGACUAACAGGUUGCCCCCAGUGCUGGCUGGGUGGCCCCUGGACUAGCUGGGAGAGUUGCAGAUGCCCACCCUGAGUCUUAAAGCUUAAAAUCAGUAAGAGAAAGAAAACAUCAUGGUAACCUUAUCCCCAAAGCUACCUCCUUGGGUAGUGUCCACUGUGGUGUGCCCUUGAUAGGGACAGAURUGCCCCAUGCAGCUGUGCGCACCCAACAUCCAGCUGGACCACCCCAUCCUCCACGCACACUGCAGCACCUUUUGGGGUUCCCUUGUUCAGAGCUGGGAUUCCUCACAUGUAAUGGUGCAGAAAUGGAAAAAUCCUCAGGGGCACAUCAGUAUAAGAGGAACUUUGGUGUUUAAGCUGAAAUGAUUGGCAGGAAGAUAAUUAAGUGUGGUGGUUUAAAAUGCCAGGGGAUCACUCCAGUUGAAAUUUAGUCAAUUAAAAGAAGAUCAGAUUAAUUCCUAGUCCUCUCAGCACUCCAAUCUAGAGUUUCAUUGCUUCUAAGUUGUCUGCCUUUCUGUAGUUGCUACCUGAGCACUGCAGCUGCAGCAAGUAUGCAGGGCCACAUGGAUCCUGGCUGCGGGCAAGACAGGUGCUUCCACCCACAAAAGGAGAAAAAAAAGGGAAUAAAACUGUUCUUCC